CCAGUCACCACACCUUAAAGUACUACCCACUUAUUAUCCUCCCAAAAAUUUGCCUGUCCUUUAUACUUUUUGCCAAGCAAGCCCAGCCAUAUUGGAGUCAUAUUCUAACCAAAGGUCACAGUUUAAGGAUAGAAAAAGGUUAAGCAUGGUUGUGAUCUUGUAGUUCAACUUGCAGUGAUGUCUCCACCUGCAAGAGCAAUAUUUGGUUUUAAAGGACCGUAUCAGCUUAGUUAUGUAUGCAGUUACUUCUGCUUUGUAUUUUUAUUUUUUUAAUGUAACACAUUGGUUAAAACUCCUGGUAAAGCUUUUUAAAAACAAAAACAAAAAAAAAAUAUAAAAAAAAUUUGUGCAUCACCAGUACCGUUUACAUAAUCUGUACAUAACGUUUGGUUUGGUGGUUCAACUAAUACUAGUAUAAUGCCCUCCAUAAUACUUGUAAAUAUAGAUUACUAAUAAGAAAGGAUGGUCACUUAUUGACCUUGAUAUUUACAUGGUAUCAUUAAAAAUAGGCGAAAAAAAUCCCAAUAUCGUGUAUUCCCUUAGCUACACCUUACUUAUAUAUGGAAUCCCUACCAAGACCUUUUUAUUUUUUUUGCCCAUAUUCUACCUCAAUAUUUGAUACUUGGACUUUAUCUUAAUUUUUGAAUCAAAAUGACUUGAAGGGAGGUAUUCAUAAGACUCCUGAUGGGGGGAAAUCAUGUGGUGUUCUUUUUCUUGUGACUGCCUGCAGCUAUUCUGCAAAAUGAUCAAUGAUUGCAUUGUUUACAGAUACCCCCUCCCAUUCGUAACCGCCCUUUAUACUCCACAUGAUUAUAUAUUUUUUGUUUUUAAAGAAAUCUUUUGCUGGUGGACAGUGCAUCACAGGAGCCAUUAAAGAUAAACUUUUUAAUAUCACAAGUUUGAUAAUCUCAAGCCGACCAGUGCACUCAGUUACAUACAUUCCUCUUUGCAUAACUGCUUUGACUUUCUACUGCAGGGGCAUUGAUGUUUCUUACAGACUUACUAACAUCUCUACACAGACAUUCAUCAGCCUCCUGUUUUUUGCAUCAUUUGGUUUGAUCCGUUCAGCCUGCUGUAAUGGCGCAAAGCUGUAUGCCAGCAUUGGAUCUCUGAAAAUCGCGAAUUUGAGGGCCGCUAUUUCAAAAAGUCUGCUGUGCUGAAUGAUCACUGUCUUUGGCCACCCCAGGAUAUGCAUCUGUCAAAGUUUUUUUACUCUUUAUUUCAGUCUUUUGGGUAUUAUUGGGGUAGUAGUAUACUAAUCCUAGAAUUUAGUUUGCUCUUAAAUAUUAUCCUUCAGAAAUUUUGAUAAAACAUUGUUUACAUAAUGCACACAGCCUGGGAUAGUUGUGAUUUUUAAAAAGGUUCCAUGGGAAAACUCUAAACUUCCCUUGAAUAGUUUGGGCCAGUAAAAGAAAGUUUGACACUUUUUUUUUUUUUUUUUUAUAUGCAGAAUAAAUAUCCAGUGUUUUUAUAUUGUACCUGUUAUUCAAGCCAUGCUAAGCAAAUUAAACACCUGUAAUGUUAAUGCUGCUUAGAGCAUCCUGCCACUUUCCAUGGACUGAAUAUAUAUUUCAACUCUAGAAUAUCUUAUAUUCUCCACUCACUGGCCUAUAAAAAGUAGGAGAUUGUAGUUGUAUUUUAACACUUCCUUUACUAGGUAUAAGAAUGUUUAAAUCCGUUUUAACAAAUAUUUAUUUUUCUUGUGCUAGUAAAAUGCCAUCAGACUUAUUCUGUAAAUUGUGAGAAAGUUAAGGGGAAAAUUUAAAUUUUAGGUUACUAUAGCUAAAAGUGACAAAUUCUUCAAGUCUGCAAUGUUUCAGUUCAGCUAUAUUUGCAGUUUGCUCUGAAUUUAGUGCAUUUUUGGUGAAUUCUUAUUACCAUAACGAAUAAUAGGCAGCAAGUAUAAGUAUUAUCAAUAGUUAUUUUUAUUAUUUGAAUGACUUGUAUUAUCCAGUACCAAAUCUAUUUUCCCACUCAUUAAGGGUUAUUUGUAAAUACUAGUUCUGGACAGUUUUAUUUUUUUAUAAAAGUGGUGCAGUCGGCAUGUGUGUGCUGUUUUAGAUUCCAUAGUGAUUGCUUCACUUUUAGAACAUUCAAUAGAAUUUGCCCUUUAUAAAUAUCUUUCCAAGUGCCUGACUCUAACUCACAUUUGAACUAAUGUUUGUUUCAUCACUGGCCAGUUGAGCAUCUUUUUUUCUCUUACUAGAAUUAGUUUGGCUAAAAAACAAAAGGGUAGGAGAAACUGAGAGGGACCAAUUUGUCACUCUCAACGCUGAGCACUAGUCUAAAACGUAGUGACCACUUAACAUUAAGGGGUUUAGUGUUAAACGCUUUAGCAUUAUUAUUUUUUUAUAUAAUCCUGUAUGUUCCUUUUAUCUAGAUUUAGGGGGCCUGUAAUCUAUUCAAGGUUGAAUAAUCAGAUGCUUCUCUUGGAGAAGCAUAUGCAGCAUCUAGUAUCCGCAUAUCUGCACCCUUUGUCCGAUGUCACAGAUUUACUUAAUGUCUAUUUUAGUCCGAAGCCUACGGUAGCCGUCUGAAUGACAACCCCUAGAGGAGGGAGAACUGCAAAAUGUAAACUGUAUGGUUUACCAGAAACUGCACUGUUUUCAUUUGCAAGGCUACAGGUGCAGUGUCUAUGCCCCCGAAUCCUUUCAUUAAGAUGAAGUGAUUUUGAUACUUAGAAUAUUCUUUUUAUCUCAUUAUAAUGGACUUUUUAAAUACUAAUGUGCCUAUUGAUAUAAAUGAAACCGCUGAAAAAGUUCAGAAAUUUAAGUCAUGGAAAAUGCCUUCAUGUAUGUUGCUCAGGGAGCCUUUAUUUGUCUGCCAGCUGGGGCUGCUAUUUAUUUUAGCCUCCUCUUUGCAUAUUGACUAUUAAUCAACCAGCUGUGUGGGGUGCUUCCUGCCUAUCAGAAUGCAACAUUAAUUUCGAAUUGGUUUGUUUUGCUCCCGUCUAUUCAGAGUCUCUGCAAUUCAAGGUUCCUUGCAGCAGUGCAGUGCAGUACACUACUGUGGAAUUCCAUAACUUUACAUACAUAUUUGAACUUUUCUCCCAGUGAGAUUUCACUUUGAAUUAAGACAUUAAUGACACUUUAAUGGUUCUGUAUUCUAGUGGUAAUUUCUGUUCCCUCUAGCAUUACCUUCCCUCACUUGUGAUAGUUUUUGUCUUUCAGGAGCAGCUGGGUGUGUUGCAACACUUUUACACGACGCAGCUAUGAAUCCUGCUGAAGGUGAGCAAUGGAGUGCUAACAAAUUCACAACGGGAACCUGCUCUUUAAUUAUUGUUUAGUGAGUUUAAAAGUUAGCAUUUUCAGUUUUAAUUCUUAUGACCUGUUUUUUUUUUUUUUGAUAAUUUAAAUGGGACAUUGGGGGUGUGUAGAAAUACGCUUGUAUGUAUUUACAAAAACGUGAGUGAGUAUCUCUUAAUGCUAAGCACUAGUCCAAACUGCAGUGACUUCUUAAACUUUUAAAGUGUUGUGUUAUGAAUGCUUCUGCAUUUAAAAUAUAUAUCUAUUUUUUUUAAUACAGUUUGUUCCUUUAUCUAUUUAGAUUUAGGGGCCCUGUAAGCUACUUUGAAGUCCUUAAGCUUAAACAAUCAAAUGCUUCUCUUGGAGAAGCAUUACAAGCAUAUGUAGCAUCUGGUGUCACCCUGAUGUCAGAUGUCACAGAUUUAUUUACAAUGUCUAUUUUAGUCCGAAGCGGUAGCCGUCUGAAUGACAACCGCUAGAGGAGUGAGACCUGCAAAAUGUAAACUCAUUAGUUUAUCAGAAACUGCACUGUUUUCAUUUGCAAGGCUACAGGUGCAGUGUCUAUGCCCUGAAUCCUUUCAUUAAGAUGAAUAGAUUGUGACACUUAGAAUAUCCUUUUAAUGUUAUUAUAAUGGACUUUUAAAAUACUUAUCGUAACAUGUGCCCAACUAUGCCAGCUGGGGCUCCCAAAUCUCCCAAAAGUGCAUGCAGUUUUUAUCCUUUAAAUGCUAGGACUGUAGAUCAGAUCCUGAGUGCCAGGAGCCCCCUGUUGAUUAUAGCAACUUGAAAACCUGGCAUGUUAAAUAUUGAAUGCAUUGCAUAUGUGUUUAUACAUUUUGCUCCUGUACUUACCCUGCUGUUUCUCUGACCUGUCCUUUAAAUGGCGAUUAGAUAAAAAUUACUUGUGUGCAGAAAAAUCAGUAUUUAUUAUAUUGCAGACCUAUAUGUGAGGCUUAUGCUAACUUUUUUUUUUUCUCCUUUAAUUCUGUUAAUGGUGGAUCUUCAUGAAUUACAUGGACCUCCUUCCUGAUCUUUGGAUUUUUAAAAAAUGUAUUAUUAAAUGUUGAAAAGUGAUCAAGCAGAGAAUGCAGAUGUACAAUUCUCCAUACCGGAGAGUAACUGACUGUAUGAGAGCUGUGUGGCGGAAUGAGGGUGCCGGUGCCUUUUACAGAAGCUACACAACCCAACUAACGAUGAACAUCCCAUUCCAGGCCAUACAUUUCAUGACCUACGAAUUUCUUCAAGAACAUCUUAAUCCUCACAGACAAUAUAACCCAUCUUCGCACAUGGUCUCUGGCGCUUGCGCAGGUGCCGUGGCUGCUGCUGUCACAACACCACUGGACGUUUGCAAGACCCUUCUCAACACGCAGGAAUCUCUGGCCUUGAAUUCACUUAACAUGAGUGGACAUAUCACGGGCAUGGCUAAUGCCUUCAGGACGGUGUACCAAGUAGGCGGUGUCACUGCCUACUUUCGAGGGGUUCAGGCCAGGGUCAUUUAUCAGAUGCCCUCAACAGCCAUUGCAUGGUCUGUGUAUGAGUUCUUCAAAUACAUUAUCACCAAACGACAGGAAGAAAGGAGGGCAGGGCACUGAAGCCCAAUAACCAAAUUAUGCCCUGAGAUAAUCCAGACACUGUUAACAUCUCUUUCCAGCCUGUAUUUUCUUUUUGUUUGUUUUUUUUGUUCUUAGUGUGAGGCCUUUUACCUCCAACACUGUCCCACUGCAAAACCACUCCAAAGCUACAGAUUGGUGGUACCCUUGCUCUGAGUGCAAGCCUUGAAAUCCUUUACAAGUCUCUACAACCAGCAUGCUGAAGCAUCUUUUGUGAAGAAUUAUCUGGCUGUUUUCUGUCAAUGCUUUUAUUUUUUUAUAUAUCAUUGCAGUCCUGUUUUAAUAACAAAAUAUUUACAUAUAAAGCGCUCGGUGCUCUCUGCUUAAGGCUUAGUGGAAUAUGUGUCAUACCGAUGAUGGGAGAGAGUUAACAAGACACACCUUGUUCCACUGACUGGUAAAGGCUGGAAAAAGAACAGUUUAACUUUGUCUGGAGUCUUCAUUCUCUCUGUGUGCUGUAUUUCUGUGUCAAAUGGGGCAAGAGGAAGGCGAUACUUCCCAAUCAUUCAAGCACUGACGUUUACCAUUGGUUCUUACCAAAGUCUGUCAAUUAGUCUUUGUCUAAAACGUAAAGCAAUUGGUUACUGAGGCCGUUGUCAGCACGCACAUGUAAAAGCACUUAACCACCUUGGUAGCUGAACUCCUAUUUUGUUUCUUAAUCCUAAAAACUUGGAGGGAAGUAUGUAUAUCUUUCUGGGAGAGGGAGUAUGAGCCAAGCACUUAUAUGUCCUGUUUCUAAAGGCUUAUCCAAAUGUCUUAAUGUUGCCAAUAUUUGUACCCCAAAACAGAGCGCAAAGAGGUCCUAACAAUCAUUGCUGCUAAAUAACAAAACCUCCAUACAGACACAACCUGCCGGGUACUUUCGAUUGUCAUUAGUGAGGGUUAUUGUGGAUUGCAUUUCAGCUACUAUUGGAUGCUAUAGGAUGUGAAAUAACUCCAUCACUAGUAUCUCUCACUAAAGAUGGUUGCUUCUUUAAAAUGAGUAAGAGCAUAAUCAGGUUUUCCUUAGAGCCAAAUAUUUCCUUGCACCAUCUGUGGACAGUAUAUGGAUGAGGAUUUGUUAUACACACUAAAACACAUGUAUAAAUCCUUGCCUUCUAUAUGGUCCGCUGGAAUGUAUAUUGAACCUUUCACAUACACUCCUAUUUGCUGUACAAUGUUGGCCCUUUUUGCCUGCAGCUCUGUGUCUAUUUGCCUUUAAAAUGGUUUCACUUGGCCUUUGUAGGAUUAUUCACUAAAGUGAGAAUUGACAGUAAUUCAAAGUGAAUUUCAAAUUUAAGGCCAAACUAAAAAACAGAAUUAACUUUUUUUUUUUUCUGAUUCGGCUAUUUUGUCCUAAGUUUUUAAAUUCUUGCCUUAGUGAAUAGACAUAAUGUUGAACCAUCAAGUAUUUGAAUGGAUGAAAAACCAAACAUUAAUGUUCACCGGAAAAGGAAAUCCACGGUUUUAGACUGAAUCUAUGUGGAGUAGGUUUUAAACACUCAUGUAACUACUUAAAUAAGUGAACUACUUACUGUACAGAAAUCAAAAUUUUCCUGGUUCAAUUGGAAGUUACUGUGCAGGUUUGCAAGCUAUAAAGUACAAUCCUUUGCUCGUUGUUCUAUCAAAGCAGGGGUGUAUUUAUUUAAUUUCUGUUCUCCUGAUUUCUCCCUCCCCCCACAGCCCAAAACAUGUAGUCCAAAUACUGAUGUUUUACAGCGACACUGUUUGUUUUGAGGAAUUUUUCAUUAUAGUUACCAUCCCCUCUAAACUGUAAUCUUCAUUUGUUUUCCGUUUGGAAGGCUGAUCUGACAGGAAUAAAAUUUUGGGAAGUGACUUAAACAUAUUCUAUUGCUUACAUGUUUUUGAUUUGAGUGUAUUCUCAGUGAUUUUAAGGUUAAUUGGUUUGGUUCCGUUCUCAAGCACAUUGUAUAUGUGAUCAACAUUAAGGGGUUAAUGUACAGAUUGUCUGCUUCAACUGAAGGGAUUUAGAUCUAUCAGAAAUCAACGUAUAUCAAUUUCCAGUGGUAGGUAUAUAAGACCAAUCCAAGAUACACCAGGUUUCACGGGUGCAAUAAGCUUUGGAUCGUAAGAUAAAUAUAUUUCUCUAUACCUUUUUCAACAAUCACCUGGGUGUUAUUCUCUAUUUGACUCAGAACUCUACAAAGGUAAGAAAACUAAUACUAAUGUAUUUCCUCAUUUUUAGAGGCCCUCUUUUUGUUAAAGGACCACUCUAG